AUGGAGACUUCCGAUGAAGAAAACUUUGGUGUAGCCACCUCCUCCCCCUCGGACGCAGAGUUUGAUGCAGUUGUUGGGUAUCUGGAGGAUAUCAUAAUGGAUGAUGAUUUCCAGUUAAUACAGAGGACUUUUAUGGAGAAGCACUACCAGGAGUUUGAUGAUUCAGAAGAAAACAAGCUCAUCUAUACUUCUAUUUUUAAUGAAUAUAUCUCUUUAGUAGAGAAGUACAUUGAAGAAAAGUUGCUUGAUCGGAUUCCUGGUUUUGAUAUGACAGCUUUCACAAUGUCGUUGCAACAGCACAAAGAUGAAAUAGCAGGUGAUAUAUUUGAUAUGCUUCUCACGUUUACUGACUUUCUGGCCUUCAAAGAAAUGUUCUUGGAUUACAGAGCUGAAAAAGAAGGGCGGAGUCUGGAUUUAAGCAGUGGGUUAGUGGUGACGUCAUUAAACAAAUCAUCGAUCUCCUCCUCCUAG